AUUAGUAUUUUUAAUAGGAAUAUUUUGUGUUUUUGUAUAGUAAUAAUGCGGCUUAAAUAUUCCAAAACAUUAUUGGAAGCUCAGGAAAAUGAGAGUCCAAUCGCGGAUAUAACAUGGUCCCCAAAUAACGUAAAGCUGGCUGUUGCCACCUGUGAGCGGGUCGUACUGCUGUUUGACCGCGAGGGCGUGCGGCGCGACAAAUUCAGCACGAAGCCCGCCGACCCGCAGGCCGGGAAGAAGUCCUACGUCAUCACUGGGAUAACGUUCAGCGACAACUCGGAGCUACUCGGGGUGGCGCAGAGCGACAGCAUGGUGUUCGUUUACCGCGUGGGCGCGGACUGGAGCGGCAAGAAGGUCAUUUGCAACAAGUUCCCGCUCACCGCCGCGCCCAUGAAGCUGCUGCCGGCUGAUAAUGGCUUCUUCACGGGCACUGCUGACGGGAAAAUUAGCGACACUUCGGAGCUGCUCGGCGUGGCGCAGAGCGACAACAUGGUGUUCGUGUACCGCCUCAUAGUGGGAGCGUGCGACGGGCGCGUGAGCGUGUACGAGGCGCAGCGCGGCGCGCUCGUGCGCAGCGUGGAGCCGGCGCUGCCGCCCGACGCGCGCGACCUCGUCUGCGCCGCGCCCAGCCCUUCCGGACAGACGGUGGCAUUCGGCGUGUUCGACGGCUGCCUAGUGGGUGAGCUGAAGGAGUCAGGCGGGCUGGAGCUGGCGACGCUGCAGAUGCCGCACCUGCACGCGGCGCGCGCGCUGGCCUGGAGCGGCGACGGCACCAAGCUGGCGGUAGCUUCGCAGGCCGGCGCCGUUAUACAGCUCGAAGCUGUACUAAGACGUUGGAUCCCGUGGGCGGGCGGCGGCGAGCGCGUGUAUGCGGCGGUGGGCGGCGCGUGCCUGCUGCACCGCGCCGGCGAGCUCAGCGUCGUCGAGUACGGCCUGGAUCGAGUGCUACACACGGUGCGCACGGAGCGCGUGAACCCGCACGUGCUGAGUGUGCGCAUCAACGAGGGCGGCGAUACGCGCAAACACUUAGCUUAUCUGCUGGACCGCCAGACCAUUGCCGUGGUCGAUCUAACCACAGGUGUCCAACUGGGUCAAUGGUGGCACGAAGCGCGCGUGGAUUGGCUAGAGCUGAACGAGACCGGCCAGCUACUGUUAUUGCGGGAUACGCGCAGAAGGCUUGCGCUAUUGCGGCUUGAAACUGGAGAUAAGGAAAUUAUAGCAAGUGGGGUGGGAUUCGUGCAGUGGAUUGAAAACUGCGACGCAGUUGUGGCACAAACUCCCACACAUCUACUGAUUUGGUACAGUGUAUGGGAAGCGGAUAGCGCAGAGAUGGCUGAAUGUAGCGGCGGCGUAGCGGUGGAAGUUAAUGCGCGUCGCGUACUGUUCGAGGGCGGACAAGUGCCGUACUUGCAAUUAGAUGAACAUCGGCUUGCAUUCAAUAACGCGUUGCGUAGUGGUGAUCUGGCUGGGUGUGCAAAAUAUCUAGACGGUGUUGGAAACAAUGCCGACGUGGCAUCGUUGUGGAGGCAGUUAGCUGAACGGGCCCUGGCUACCGAUGACAUUCAACUAGCAGCAAAAUGUUACCGAGAAGUAGGCGACGAAGCACGAAUGUUCUAUCUGGACAAGACUGUAGAAUUAGCCGCAUCAGUUGGCGAUGGUGAUGUGGCUGCAGGAUUAAACGUAGCCACAGUGCGUGCUCGCCUCUCAAUAUUCGCGGGAGACCUACCGUCUGCGGAGGAGUGGUACGUGAAGAAAGCCGGGAAGCCAGAGCUAGCUAUCGACAUGUACAAGCAGUUCGACCGCUGGGCCGAGGCCGUGGCUCUGGCCGAGAAGACCGACCGCGCCGCUGUGGCGAUGCUGAAACAGCAGCAUAUGGACUACUUGACGUCUACUGGUCGUCUAGGCGAGGCGGGGGCAGCACUAGCCUCAUCAGGUGACGUGCAAGGCGCGGUGCGGCUAUGGCUGCGCGGCGGGCGCGCGCGCAGAGCCGCUGCGCUGUUGCUGCAACAUGCUUCGCUGCUGCGGGAUACGGAACUGGUGGACGCUGUGCAUACUCAGCUUGUGCAGGAAGAAUGGUGGGAGAUGGCCGGAGAAAUAUCAGAGAGAAGAGGAGACAGCCGAACAGCCGUUGAAUAUUACGCGAAAGGGAACAACUUCGCCAGAGCUGUUCAACUUGCUAGAGAGGCUUGUCCAGCUGAAGUGACUAGCUUGGAAGGCAUGUGGGGCUCCUGGCUGGUGAGCUCCCGCCAGGCGGGUGCUGCAGUCCCGCAUCUGAUCGAAGCUGGAGACACGAGAGGCGCUUUAGCUGCGGCGCUGAAAGCACAUCACUAUAGGAAGGCUUUGCAGAUUGUUCAGGUUAUCGAAGACAAGGAAUCCAUUCGAGAGCAAUGUGAGCAACUGGGUGAUCAUUUCAUAUCAACACAAGAAUGGGAGACAGCGGAACGAGUAUUAAGUUCAUGUGGGAUGGCAGAGCGCUGCGUACGCGCAUAUAACACUGCAGGUCGUGUGGCCGACGGAUUACGGCUUGCGGCUCAACAUCUUACUGAAGAAGAAACCAGGGAUAUUUAUUUGCCACUGGCUCAGCAAAUGAGAGAGGAUGGACAACUGCGGAAAGCGGAACAGAUAUACAUCGGGCUUGGGGAGCCUGAUGAGGCCAUUUCUAUGUAUAAGGAAGCGUCUCAAUACGAAGCCAUGUUGCGAUUGGUCGCGGCGCAUCGCAGUUCCUUGCUUGAGGCCACGAGGAGACACGUGGCCCAGGCACUGCAUGCGUCAGGCGACCUAAGGGCCGCUGAGAACUACUACAUACAAGCUGGCGAUUGGAAAGCGGCAAUCCAAAUGUACCGUUCAGCGGGACAAUGGGAAGGAGCGGAGAGAGUGGCGCGAGCUCAUGCCCCAAGUAGUGUGCAACAACAAGUUGCGUUGCAAUGGGCCGGAGCAUUGGGUGGCGCUCCUGCUGCGAGAUUGUUGGCUGCCAGGGGGCUCGCUGCCUUGGGAGCGCGGUGGGCUUUGCAAGCACAAAGAUGGGACAUCGCACUGGAGCUGAGCGAGUUGGGCGGCGGGGUGACCAAGCGCGAGGUGGCACGGCAUGAGGCAGCGGCACUAGCAGACGAACAACCCGAGGCGGCCGAGGCGGCCUUUCUGCGCGCUGCGGCCCCUGAUGACGCCGUACGCAUGUGGCUGGCGAGAGGGCAGCACCAGCGGGCUUUGGUGCUAGCUGAGCAGCACGCCUCGCAUAUGGUGGAAGAAGUGUUGGUGGAAGGAGCGCGCGCCGCCGCCGAGCGCGGCGACCUGGCGCAGUUCGAGACGCUCAUGAUACGCGCCAACCGCCCGCGGGAGGUCGUGCAGCACUACAAGGAUCUUGAACUAUGGGAUGAGGCGUCACGAGUGUCUCGCGAGUACCUCCCUGACGGAGGAGAGCCAGUGCCGUCUUCAGUACCGCCGUUGUUGCAACGGGCCGCUGAUCAUGCUGACAGAGGUGAAUGGUGGGAAGCAGUGGAGCUACUAAUCAGCGCGAGCGCAGCGGGCGCCAACGAUACCGAAGGCGCUGCAUUGGAGCGACUAGCGCGCGCCGGGCACUGGCAGCGCUGCCUGGCGCACGCCGGGCCCCGUGCGCCGCACUACGCGCUGCGAUACGCCGUGCAUCUGUUCAAGGCGCACCCCGUGAAUACCGAAGGCGCUGCAUUGGAGCGACUAGCGCGCGCCGGGCACUGGCAGCGCUGCCUGGCGCACGCCGGGCCCCGUGCGCCGCACUACGCGCUGCGAUACGCCGUGCAUCUGUUCAAGGCGCAUCCCAUGAGUAUUGGAGGAGGCGCGGCAAUAGAGCGACUAGCGCGCGCCGGGCACUGGCAGCGCUGCCUGGCGCACGCCGGGCCCCGCGCGCCGCACUACGCGCUGCGAUACGCCGUGCAUCUGUUCAAGGCGCAUCCCCGUAUGGAAGGCAUCGACAUCGAAAGCGAAGACAUUCCCGAAGCGCUCUCACAAGUGCUAGAGGUGCUCCGCCAGUACCUCGUAGGCGACGCGGGCCCCGAUACAGUGGUAUCGAGCGCGGACACGGCCCUGGCGCGCGGCGUGGGCGGCGAGCUGUUACGUAUGGAAGGCAUCGACAUCGAAAGCGAAGACGUUCCCGAAGCGCUUUCACAAGUGUUAGAAGUCCUCCGUCAGUACCUCGUAGGCGACGCGGGCCCCGAUACAGUGGUAUCGAGCGCGGACACGGCUCUGGCGCGCGGCGUGUGCGGCGAGCUGUUAGCACGCGCGUCGUGUGCGCCCCGCGCGCUGCGGGCGCUGCAAGACACCGCCAACGUGUUGCGCGCUGCUGGCGCUGACGACAGGGCGAUGCAGGCGAUAACGCUACUGCUGGCGUUGCACGUGGCGCAGGUGGCGGGGCGGGCGGCGCGCGCGCUGCCGCGCUACUCCAACAUCGUCGUCGCCGACGUCGCAUAUUAUGCGAGUGGAGUGGCGAUUCGUGCCGAAGGCAGCGGUGGGUCACGAGAGGCGUUCGUGCUUCUGAACCGCUGUCUCGACCUGGCUGAAGCUGCAGACGAAGAUUCGGCUCAUAUGCUCGACUACACCGAUUUUGAGUGCACAGAUUGGUCCCGUACACCUCUUCUAUUGGAGAGCGCGUGUGUGCGCGGCGCGCCUUUGGACGACAUUCGCGAAUGGGUACUUGCUGUUUCUAUGGACCAAGCCGUUGAACAGACGCUGCCGGUGGAUUCGCGCGGCCAGUACGGCGCGGCGCUGGGAGCGGGCGAGGCUUGUUGUGUGCUCACCGGCUACCCGCUAGGAUCUCGCCUCGUUACCUUCACAAACGGUCGCUGCGCGAACCGCGAGUGGUGGUCGCGCUGCGCGGCGGCGGCGCGCGGCGGCGGCGCGGCGCAGGCGCUCGUCUCGCACAUCACCGACUGGUGCGGGCCCGCCGACUUUGCGCAACUCUAA